AUGUCGAAUCGCUAUUUUCCUCUCUGCCUUUUGCAGCGAGCUGAUGUGGGACUCUCUGCUUUGACCAUCACGCCUGAGCGGGAGAGUGUUGUAGACUUCACCACACGCUACAUGGAUUAUUCAGUGGGCGUUCUGCUGCGCAAGGCCGAGCGCACGGUGGACAUGUUUGCCUGCCUGGCACCUUUCGACUUGUCGCUGUGGGCGUGCAUUGCUGGUACUGUGCUUCUCGUUGGUAUCCUGGUGUACUUGCUCAACUGGCUCAACCCACCACGGCUACCUAUGGGAUCCGUGUCUUCAACCACUCUGUACAAUUCCAUGUGGUUUGUGUAUGGCUCCUUUGUACAGCAAGGUAAGUGA